AUUUACUCUGUUUUUCAUUUAUUAUUUUUUAAAAGUUAAUUUUUAUUUCUAACAUAAUUUUAAUUGAAAUAUAUUUAUGCUGAAAAAAUUUCAUUUAAUUUAAAAGAGAUAUGUACUUGCAAAAUAAGAUGCUGCAUUACUUGGUAGAAAUUGUAGUUGUAUAUGCUCUGCUUUUGGGAAUCUUAUCAGUACAGUCUGAACAUGUGGCUAGAGCAGAACGAAGAAAUAGAAAGUUUGGAAACAUUAACGGUCAUGACAUUUUUGUCCCUAAAUCAACUGAAGAUUUUGUAAAUGAACAUAAAGCAGAAGAAAAUACACAAGAGUUAUUAACAGCUGGAAUCAUUGAAGAGGGAGAUAUAAAAGUAACUGAUUUAUUUGAUGAAUUGAGAAAUGGAAAGAAGUCUAACUUUUGGCAUUAUUCAGAUGAUAAUUGGGAUUUCAAUGCUAUUCCAUAUCUAAUUUCUCCUAUUAAAGAGACCAGUGCUACAAUUCCUGCUUGUGAAACAGUUGUGGAUGUUGGCUUUAUACUUGACUCCUCUGGUAGUUUAAAAAAUGACUACAGUAAUGAAAAACAUUUUCUCAAACAACUUGCUGCUACUUUUAGCAUAAGUAAAACUGGUUCCCAUGCUGCUGUUGUUACCUUUAGUGAUAAAGCAACUCUUGAUAUAAAAUUAAGUGAUUGCUAUGAUGAAAUUAGUUUUAACAAAGCAGUGGAUAGAAUACCACAUAUGAAUUCUAACACAAGAAUUGACUUGGCUUUACGGUAUGCCUUAAAAGUAUUUGAAGAAUCUAAUGGGGCUAGAAGGAAUGUUCCUAAGUUGCUUUUCUUAAUAACAGAUGGCAAGCAUACAAGUAAUUAUGAGGCAGAAAACCCUGUUAGUGUUGCUAAUGAACUAAGAAAUAAAGGAAUUGAUAUUGUGGCUAUAGGAGUAGGAAAAGAUGUAAGUUUUAAAGAAUUGGUUAGUAUUGCUGGAAGCAAUAGAUAUGUUUUUUUGGCUGAAGAUUUUAGGGAUUUGACUAAAGCUUCUUUUUCAAAAAGGGUUAGAAAAGAAAGUUGUUUAUCAGGUGACCUUCGGAACGAAGUCAAGCUAGCAAAAGAUAACUUGUAUUUAACUUUACCUUUAUUAGAAAAAGAAUUUUUUAUUUCAUUUGAACUAAAACCAACAUUUUAUGCUCAUGGAUAUCACAGUGUUUUAAGAUUUGAAUUUGGAAAUGGAAGAUAUAUAGCUGUUGGAUUUGAAAAUGGAGAUGGGACAUUGGUUAUUAAUUCAGUCUUAUCAGUAACAAUAAAUAAAAGUGUUCAUCCAGAUAGUCGCCUUACUUUAAACAGAUGGACUACAAUUAAAAUGUAUCAGCAAGUAUUUGGCAGCAUGCACAUUUACAGUUUAGAGGUUAAUGGGAAACUUAUUUUUACAAAGGUUAAUGAAAAUCCUGUAGAUUUUACUUUUGUCACUGUUCAUGCCUCCGAAAGUCGUCAUCUUUCUCAAGCAGGAUAUUUUCGAAAUAUAAAAAUAAGAAAUGGCAAUCAAGGCUUUAUUGUGAAACAUGAAACUUUGCUGAAGAAAAGCGACGUGACAACAUUUUUACCUAAAAUGGAAAAAAAAUAUGUGAUUUCAUUUGAUAUUCGACCAAAUGGGGUUCCUAACUCUUAUUUUUACAACAUUAUUCAUUUAAUGCCUGCUAAUGAGAAUAUAGAUGCAGCAAAUAAUUAUCCUUCAAUUUGGUUUAAUAAAAAUAGUGAUGGAAAAUUAAAUGUGGCUUCAUCAACAAAAACUAUAUACGCAUGCACAGAAAGUUGCCUUGCAUUUAACACAUGGAGUAAAAUAACACUGUCUCAAGUUUUUAGAAAUGGAGAAUAUGUUUACAUCAUUAAAUUAAAUGAAAACAUUAUUCACUCAGAGAAAAGAGACAAUUCAGUUGAGUUAGAAAAUAUAAAACUUUAUGUUGGUUCUUCUGAACAUAUCACACACAAUGGGUUUAUUCGUAAUCUUUUCAUUUCAAAUCAAGUAAAUAGCAAAUCAAAUAAGAAUUUAUGUGGAGGACUACUGGAUGUUGUUUUUUUAAUUGACUCUUCAACAAAUAUGAAAGAUAACUUUGCUAAAGUUAAAAGGUUUAUGAAAGAAAUUGCAAAAUCAUUUGGUUUAUCCAGAGAGGGUAGUCAUGUAAGCAUAAUUUUGUUUGGUUCUGAAGCAAAAGUUAGUUUGAAACUUUCUGAUAAUCAAGAUGAAAGUACUUUUGAUUCAGCUUGUGAUUCCAUUGAUGAAAAUGCAUUUCCAUCAACAAAAGUACCAAUAAAGAUAGAAAAAGCUCUUCAGUUAGCUCAAAAAGAAUUAUUUGUUCAAGCUAAUACUGGUCGAGAAUUUAUUCCUAAAACUGUUAUACUGAUUACAGCUGGUAAGCAAAACCCUUCAAAAUAUGGUGAAAGAGUUGAGAAACCUUUUCCUUUUGCCUUAGAGUUAAGAGAAAAAGGUGUUUCUAUUAUAUCUGUUGCUGUUGGAUCAGAAAUUGAAAAGUCAGAGCUGACAGGUAUAACAGGAAACAUCGAAAAAGUGUUUUUGGUUAAUAACUUUCAAGAUUUAUUAGAAAAUGAAUUCCUUACUAAAGUUAAAAAUUCUGCUUGUGGAACAGGUUUAAACGACGAACAACCAUUAAAGAGAGGGAGGUUAAUUGCUGUACUCCCAAAGUUUAGCAAACAAUAUUCUGUUUCAUUGGAUAUAAAACCAAUCUCAUAUUCAUUGGGAGUCCAAAGUGUUCUCCGUUUUUCUAUUGGCGAAACAAAUGUCUCUCAUGGUUUUCAGGUUUUUGCUAUUUACUUUAAAAGUUUACUUGGUCAUUUUGUUGUUAGCACAGAGAUUAACAAAAACAAAAACUUUCAAUACACAUAUCCAACAAAUAUUCCAAUAAAUAAAUGGUUGGAGGUCACAGUUUCACAAUACGAAACAGAUGAAAAUAAGUUCAAUUUUGAAAUUAAAUUGAAUGGAAAACAAGUAUAUUCUGUUGUCAACAAUCAUCCUGUAGAUCAUAGUAAUGUUAAGGUAUAUGCUUCGGAUCCUUAUUUUCCAGCCUUAACUGGAUUAAUUAGAAAUUUUAGAUUUUCUAAUGAAGACAAUGGUAAACCAGAAAAAGAAUACAUUGUACAAGAUGAAACACCCAUAAGUAGUGAAAAAUUAAUAACAACAAUUCCAAAGUUAGGAAAAGAGUAUGAAAUUUCAUUUGAAGUUAAACCUGAAAACACUAAAAGGUGGUUUAACAUUUUUCGAGUUAUGCAUGGUAAAAAUGAUAAGUAUGAUGAAGAAAGACUCGGAUUUUGGAUUAAUGAAGAGCUCAAAGGUCGAAUAUCCUCAGGAUUAAAUAGUUCUUUUUCUUUUGAUUUUUCUGAAAUUAUUUUACCGCACGUAUGGUCAAAUAUUCGAGUAUCUCAACAAUAUUUUCAAGGAAAUUAUUUGUACGAGGUAGAGUUUAAUGAUAAAGAAAUAUUUUCUUAUGUAAAUCCUGAACCAAAUGAAUACAGAAAUCUUAAAGUUUUUGUUUCAAGUCCAUUACACGAUACUAUCUCUGCACACAUCAGAAAUUUUGCUAUAAUAAAUGGUUAUGAUGAUGUUGAGUUACGUAAAGUUGUGAGAGCAGCAAUCAAUGAUUUUCAUGAUUUUACUCGUGUACGCUUUGUUCCCUAUAACGACCAACUUGAUUAUCUUUAUUUUGAACCAACAAAAGGAUGUUAUUCCAAGAUUGGUAAAGUCGGAGGCGAGCAACCAAUUAGUAUUGGUGAUGGAUGUCGUUGGAAAGGUACUGUGGUUCACUUAAUAAUGCAUGCAUUAGGAUUUUUACAUGAAACUGCUCGUAUGGAUCGAGAUGAAUCCAUUGAAAUUAAUUAUGCAAACAUGGAUCCAAAAAUGGCUGUAAACUUUCGUAAAUAUGAUUCUGUUGGUCAGAAACUUCAUCAGUUAUAUGAUUACUCAAGUAUUAUGCAUUAUUGGCCAUUGGCUUUUUCUAACAAUAAACUGGCAACAAUUAUUCCAUUAAAAUCAUCUGUUAAACAAGAUGACAUAGGGCAACGUUAUGGUUUUAGUACAGGGGAUAUUCGACGCAUUAAUGAAGCCUAUCGGAGUAUAAGCAGCACUGGUGUCACAGAAGAAACAUUAAGUCUGUCAUUAGGAGGAAUUGGAAGUUUACAAGCAGGAGGUUCUAUAAACUCACAUCCUGGAGCUGCAGUAAAUCUUCAAGCAGGAGAAACAGUAAAUCCAUCAAUAGGAGUAACAUUAAAUUCACAAACAGGAGGAGUUGUAAAUUUACAAACAGAAAGCUCACAAUCUGGAGGAACAAUAAGUUUACCAGUUGGAGGAAAAGGAAACUCAUCAAUAGGAUUAACGUUAAGUUCUUCAGUAGGAGGAGCAGUAAAUUCACAAGCUGAAAAAGCAAUAAAUCUCCACGCAGGAGAAAUAGUAAAUUCACAAACGGAAGGUUCAGUAAGUUUGCAAUCUGGAGAAGCAAUUAAUCUGCAGGCUGAAGGUAAAGUAAAUCCAUCAAUAGGAUUAACAUUAGAUUCAUCAGCAGGAGGAAUAGCAACUUCACAAUCAGAAGGAGCAAUAAAUCUCCAAGCAGGAGAAACAGUAAACUCACAAACAGUAGGUUCAGUAAGUUCACAAUCUGGCGGAGCAGUUAAUCUGCAGGUUGAAGGAAAAUUAAACCCAUCAAUAGGAUUAAAGCUAAGUUCACCAACUGGAGUAGCAGUAACUUCACAAGUUGGAGGAGCAAUAAAUGAACAAACAGGACAAACAGUAAGUUCUCAAACUGGUGGUUUAAUGAGUUCACAAUCUGGAGGAACAACAAAUCUACAAACUGGAGGAAAAGUAAAUUCGUCGACAGGAUUAACAUUAAAUUCAUUAACUGGAGGAAAAGUAACUUCACAAGUUGAAGGAGCAAUAAAUGAACAAGCUGGAGAAACAGUAAGUUCGCAAACCGAAGGUUUAAUAAGUUCACAAUUAGGAGGAGCAACAAACCUACAAGGUGGAGGAAAAGUAACUCCAUCAAUAGAAUUAAAGUUAAAUUCACCAACUGGAGGAGAAUUAAUUUCACAGGUUGGAGGAGCAGUAAAUGAACAAGCAGGAGAAAUAGUAAAUUCACAAACAGAAGGUUUAGUAAGUUCACAAUCCGGAGGAGCAAUAAAUCUACAUACUGGAGGAAAAGUAAAUCCAUUAAUAGAAUUAACACUAAAUUCACCAACAGAAGAAUCAGUAACUUCACAAGCUGAAGGAACGAUAAAUAACCAUGCAGGAGAAAUAAUAAAUUCACAAACAGAAGGUUUAGUAAGCUCGCAAUCUGGAGGAGCAAUAAAUCUACAUUCUGCAGGAAGAGUAAAUCAGUUAAUAGGAUUAACAUUAAAUUCAUCGGGAGGAGGAGCGGUAAAUUCACAAGCUGGAGGAGCAAUUAAUCUUGACUCAGGAGAAAAUGUUGUUACACAAACCGAAGGCUCAGUAGGUUCACAAGCUGGAGAAGUAAUUAGCUUACAAUCUGGAGGUAAAGUAAACCCACCAUCAGAAUGUUUAGUAAGUUCACAAGCUGAAGAAACAGUAAAUUCACAAGUAGAUUUGAAGAAUGAAGAAAAAGUAAAUCUUCAAGAAGGAGAGAAUUUAAAUUCAUCAAUAGGAAUCUUAUUAGAUUCACCAACAGGAACAAUAGUAAAUUCAAGCGCAGAAGGUUCAGUAGGUUUACAAUCUGAAGGAAAAAUAAAUGUAAAAACAGGUGGAAAAGUAAAUCCAUGUUUAGGAGUGGCAUUAAAUUCACUAUCAGGAAAAGCAGUUAACUCACAAGUGGAAAGUUCAAUGAGUUCACAAACUGAAAAACCAGUCUAUCUACAUGAAGAAGGAUCACUAAAUACACCAGAUGAAGUAAUAAAUGCACCAACUGAAGGAACAGUAAAUGUUAAAGAAAAAAAUGACUCAGUAUAUAAUAUACUUAAGCCAACAAGCUCAAGUUCCUUGGUAGAUGAGGCAGUGAGUAACAAUCCUUGUUUAACUUCGCCACCAUCUUUGUCACCAUCUUCGCCACCACCUCAAGAUAAAAUUAAAGGCUGUUUGAAAACAACUCCAAUUCCAAGAAGAAAUCCACCAACAGAAAAAACAGUUGGCUCACAUGCAAAUCUAGGAGCAAACCCACCAUUAGUAUCAGUUAUAAAUGGUGGAGUAGCUAAUCUUUUCGAACAGUAUCCAUCGUGGCCAUUUGAUUUCAAAAUUUCUCCAUCAACAAAGCCGUGUUGCAAUGGUAAUAUAACCCAUAAUUGUAAAUGUAAUUGUAUUUCAAUUUUUAUAAAUGAAGCAGCGCAUCCUUCAAAAAGAAAUUAUUUGUGUCAUAAAAAAAGGUCAAAAGAUCCUGGAUUUGUUUUAUCUGAAACUGACGAAUAUCCCAUAAAAGAUUGCGUAUUGCUUCCAUUUGAAUAUAAAUCGAAAAGGUUUUUGUGUUAUUCACGCGAACCAAAUUACAAACUUCGCUGGUCGAGUAAUCCACAUGCUAAAAAUUGCAUUCAAUACACAUUAGGUACACUAAGAAAGAAAUUAUGCGGUUCACUAUCUCAGUAAUGUGGUUAACUAUCUUAGUAAUAUGGUUCACUAUCUCAGUAAUAAUGUGGUUCACUAUCUCAAUAAUGUGAACUCUAUUUGGGAAUUUUUGGGGAAGACUCUUUGAAAAAAAAAAACACAACCUAUUUUUUAAUAAUGAGUAGUUUAUUUCCAGUUAUAUAUAUUUUUUUAAUUCGAGAAAUUGUGAAUUUAAUGUCCGUUAGUAACGGGAUUGGCAAAAACUUAGGUUUUUAAAAAACAAAAAAAAAAAAAAACGAAAAAAACCUGGUUUUUUCUGGGGCUUUCAGUUUUUAAUAGGUUUUUUAGACUUUUGCAAAAAAUAUUGUAAUUUUCACGGAGUAAUAU